UCGAACAUUUGUCAACCUAAUCAUGUUUGGUGCCCAUAAUUGUUGAAUGGUAAUGAUUCAAAUUCUCAAAUGAAUGAUUUGAAUUUAAGAAAGUGUAAAUUCGAAAUACAUUUUUUUUUUUAAAGAUUUAUGAUAGUGACGAAGAGAUUAAACAAUAACAGAGCCAGCUGCAGAACAAAGAGAGCAAAAUUAGUAUUUCUUUAUUUUGUAAUAUUCUUCCUAUAAAAAAAAAAGAGGCAAAUGGAUCUUUAACCCCUUGAUCAGUGUUCUGUCGAUAGUAGUGUUGCUUGUCUUCCUCAUCAAUUAUCAUGGAGCUUCUAUUUUCCUCUUUCACCCCGAUAUGUUUUUUCAUCCUUUUCUUGUUCAUGGCUGUCAAAACAAUAAAGAAACCAAGAGCCUGGAAUUCAAGCUCAAAGAUGCCUCCAGGGCCCUGGAAACUACCUCUAAUCGGAAACUUACACCAGCUGGGUGGCUCACCACCGCAUCGCCGCCUCAGAGACCUGUCCAUGAAGCAUGGACCGUUGAUGCACCUCCAGCUAGGUGAAGUUUCCACCAUUGUUGUUUCUUCUCCGGAGAUCGCCCAACAAGUUAUGAAGACCCAUGACAUCAACUUUGCGGACAGACCCUUUCAGGUUUCCACCAAGCUCUUAACUUAUGGCUACACUGAUAUUGCUCUUUCACCUUAUGGAAAUUACUGGAGACAGCUGCGAAAAAUAGCAACUUUGGAGCUGUUAAGUGCGAAGCGGGUCCAAUCAUUUCGCUCAAUCAGGGAAGAGGAGGUCUCAAAUCUCAUCAGAGCCGUACGUUCUGCUGAAGGAUCAGUGAUCAAUCUCAGUGAUAAGCUUUUCAGAUUGACAUACCGCAUAAUUGGCAGGGCAGCUUUUGGAAGCAAAUGCAAGGACGAAGAGGUAUUCAAAUCAUGCGUAGUGGAAGUCGUAGAGGCAGCCGCAGGUUUCUUCAUGGCUGAUUUGUUCCCUUCGGUUAAAGCACUUGAGGUGAUAAGUGGAAUGAGAGUGAAGCUUGAAAAGCUGCAUCGAAAGACUGAUAGAAUGCUUGAAGAAAUCCUGAAUGAGCAUAAAGAGAGAACGAAAAGUGGCCAAGGAGAAGAAAAGGAAGAUUUGGUUGAUGUUCUUCUAAGAAUCCAGCGUGAUGGUGAACUUGAAUUUCCCUUGAGUGACAGCAAUAUCAAAGCAGUUAUAUGGGAUAUAUUUAGUGCUGGUAGUGAAACAUCAUCCACAGCAGUAAAAUGGGCAAUGGCAGAAAUGCUAAGAAACCCAAGAAUACUGAAAGAGGCACAAGCUGAGGUAAGACGAGUUUUUGACAGAAAAGGAAACGUCGAUGAAGCUGGAAUCCAUCAACUCAACUACUUGAAAUUAGUAAUAAAAGAAACCCUGAGGCUGCACCCUUCUGCACCUCUUCUACUUCCAAGAGAAACCAGAGAGAGCUGUAAGAUCAACGGAUACGAGAUACCAUUGAAAACCAGAGUCCUUGUUAAUGCAUGGGCAAUUGGAAGAGAUCCCAGAUACUGGAGUGACCCUGAAACGUUUUAUCCUGAGAGAUUUCUGAACAAGUCGAUUGAUUUCAGAGGGUCGGAUUUUGAAUACAUCCCAUUUGGCGCUGGAAGGAGAAUAUGUCCAGGCAUAAUGUUUGCACUACCAAAUAUUGAGUUGCCUCUGGCGCAACUGCUGUAUCAUUUUGAUUGGAAGCUCCCAAAUGAGAUGAAGCCUGAAGAUCUGGACAUGACUGAGGCCUUCGGUGUGACGGUAGCCAUGAAAAAAGACUUGAUGUUGAUUCCAAUUCCUUAUCGUUGUUCCUUGUCUUCCUCAUCAAUUAUCAUGGAGCUUCUAUUUUCAUCUUUCACCCCGAUAUGUUUUUUCAUCCUUUUCUUGUUCAUGGCUGUCAAAACAAUAAAGAAACCAAGAGCCUGGAAUUCAAGCUCAAAGAUGCCUCCAGGGCCCUGGAAAUUACCUCUAAUCGGAAACUUACACCAGCUGGGUGGCUCACCACCGCAUCGCCGCCUCAGAGACCUGUCCAUGAAGCAUGGACCGCUGAUGCACCUCCAGCUAGGUGAAGUUUCCACCAUCGUUGUUUCUUCUCCGGAGAUCGCCCAACAAGUUAUGAAGACCCAUGACAUCAACUUUGCAGACAGACCCUUUCUGGUUUCCACCAAACUCUCAAGCUAUGGCUACACUGAUAUUGCUCUUUCACCCUAUGGAAAUUACUGGAGACAGCUGCGAAAAAUAGCAACCUUGGAGCUGUUAAGUGCGAAGCGGGUCCAAUCAUUUCGCUCAAUCAGGGAAGAGCAGGUCUCAAAUCUCAUCAGAGCCGUACAUUCUGGUGAAGGAUCAGUGAUCAAUCUCAGUGAUAAGAUUUUCAGAUUGACAUACAGCAUAAUUAGCAGGGCAGCUUUUGGAAGCAAAUGCAAGGACGAAGAGGGUUUCAAAUCAUGCAUAGUGGAAGCCGUUAAGGCAGCUGCAGGUUUCUCCAUGGCUGAUUUGUUCCCUUCGGUUAAAGCACUUGAGGUGAUGAGUGGAAUGAGAAUGAAGCUUGAAAAGCUGCAUCGGAAGAUUGAUAGAAUACUUGAAGAAAUCCUGAAUGAGCAUAAAGAGACAACGAGAAGUGGCCAAGGAGAAGAAAAGGAAGAUUUGGUUGAUGUUCUUCUGAGAAUCCAGCGUGAUGGUGAACUUGCCUUGAGUGACAGCAAUAUCAAAGCAGUUAUAUUGGAUAUAUUUGGUGCUGGUGGUGAAACAUCAUCCACAGCAGUAGAAUGGGCAAUGGCAGAAAUGCUAAGAAACCCAAGAAUAUUGAAAGAGGCGCAAGCUGAGGUAAGACGAGUUUUUGACAGAAAAGGAAACGUCGAUGAAGCUGGAAUCCAUCAACUCAACUACUUGAAAUUAGUAAUAAAAGAAACCCUGAGGCUGCACCCUUCUGCACCUCUUCUACUUCCAAGAGAAACCAGAGAGAGCUGUAAAAUCAACGGAUACGAGAUACCAUUGAAAACCAGAGUCCUUGUUAAUGCAUGGGCAAUUGGAAGAGAUCCCAGAUACUGGAGUGACCCUGAAACGUUUUAUCCUGAGAGAUUUCUGAACAAGUCGAUUGAUUUCAGAGGGGCGAAUUUUGAAUACAUCCCAUUUGGUGCUGGAAGGAGAAUAUGUCCAGGCAUAACGUUUGCACUGCCAAAUAUUGAGUUGCCUCUGGCGCAACUGCUGUAUCAUUUUGAUUGGAAGCUCCCAAAUGAGAUGAAGCCUGAAGAUCUGGACAUGACUGAGGCCUUCGGUGUGACGGUAGCCAUGAAAAAAGACUUGAUGUUGAUUCCAAUUCCUUAUCGUUGUUCUUGAUAAUAAUUUUGCAUAUAUAAGAACAUGAAAAAUGUCAUAAGUCACCUAAGAAGACCGCUAUAUGUACAUAUGGUGUUUCUGGAUUUCUAACCAUGUCAUAUUCCUACAUUUCAA